AUGGGGGGUCUGCCCAAGGAGGGGGCCCCGGCGGUGGAUGUCUCCGUGGAGGGGACCCUGGUCUGGCUGCGCCGCCCCAACGGCUCCUGGUGGCCCAGCAUCGUCAUCUCGCCGCAAGACGUCCCCGAAGGCUGCGCCCCGCCGCCGCGCUGCCCCGCCACACCCAUCAUGCUCCUCGGCCGCCGCCCCGACGGACCAACCUAUGUCGACUGGUGUAACCUCGACAGGUGCAAGCGCGUCAAGCCCUUCCGCUGCGGGGAGCUCGACUUCGAGCAGCGCAUCACCAACGCCCUCACCCUUGCCGCCACCGGCAACAGGUCCACCUGGAGCUAUAACAAGGGCAGGUACGCCCGCAUGGAGGACGCCAUUCUCCAGGCCCUCGACAUAGAGAAGGAGCGCACUCUCGGCCCGGCAACCAAGGCUUACCUCCAUGCUGGCAGCUGCUCUCCCAGUACCAAAAUUGAAAUGCCCAACGGGCAAGUCAAAGAUGCUGCAGCUAAGGAUGCUUCUCCAGCCAUUCAGCUGUCACCGCCGCUGCCCCUGCUGCCGCCGCCACCGUUGCCGCUCCCCCUGCCGCCGCCACCGCCGCCACCCAAGAGGAAGCGCAAGACGCCCUAUGACUCCGAGGACGAUGCGCCCAAAGGGUCCCGCCGCAUGAGGGAUCUCAGGGACAUCGGAUCCAAGACGGCCCCCCCAAUGGACUUGCCCCAUUCUGCCGCAAUCUCUGCUCCCAAGUAUGAUGAUCUGCCUAAUGAUGGACAGGUCAAAAGAAUUGUGCACUCUCAAGCCACCACAAAGAGGAAGCAUGCUGCUGCGCAUCAGGACCAACCUUGCGGGAUCCCCAGGAAGAAGGACAGGUCUCGUCCGCUCGCGGAGCUCUGCAAUGGAGACAUGUGGAAUGGUUCCAGACCAAAUGGCCAGAAGGCCGAUGAACAUUUGUUAGGUGUCGCUACAUGUUCAAGCAGCUCCUCUGGCACUUCAACCUUGGAUACUCCAUUGGACACGAACAGCUGUCAUCGCAGCGCAGCAUUCAAAACAGAUCAAGCAAAGGGCACAGAAAUAUCCUGCAUGACAAGGCUACUCAGUGAUGAUUCCCGGCAUGGGAAUGAUUUUGUCGAAACUCCCCCUGCUGCACAAAAUAUCGUGGAACCAGUUCCUAGUGGUAUGGAUUGUGUUGGUGGAGUUCAGCAGCGACGCUGUAAAAGCAAGUGUGAUCCUGAAGAGUCAUUAGAAACCUUAAGCAACCAUUCAAACUGUGAGAGUGGUUCCAUAUCAUCUCUGGUGUUUGAGAAGCCACUGCAGGUAUUGCCGCCCGAAAAGAAACCGCUGGGUCAUGAAAGAUGUCAUGCAGUGAAGCCAAUCAAGACACUGCAUUUGAAUCCCACCCUUUAUGAUGUGGAGUUGAGUGUGCUGGGUAGCAGCAACUCGGGGCGCCGUGUGCCCCUUGUUUCUCUAAUGAGUAGGUGGAAUCGUAAACCCGUUGUGGGGUAUCCAGUCUCCGUGGAGGUCACUGAUGAUGUGUUUGACCGUCCUCUAUCAAGGAAAGAUGUCCAGCAGCCUUCUACAAGCAGUGUGAAUGGAAUAGUAUUGAAGAAGGAUGAAACUGAGGGUUUGCAACGUGUUGUGCCAUCAUCAGCACAGACAUCCCAGCCAAAACCCAAAAGCCGCAGCAGAAGGCCAUCUGAGAAAGAAGUGGACAAGUUAUGGCAGCCGCAUACCAAAAAGCCAGCAUCCUCGUCGAGAAAGAUGCGGAGGCUUUCCUCUUUUGCUUCAGGCCAGAGAGAUGGCAAUGACAGGAAGUCGGCGGUGGGGAAAGUGUCGGGCGCAACCAUUGCGUGCAUCCCGCUCCGAGUUGUUUUCAGCAGGAUCAACGAGGCGCUGAGCUUCUCAGUUAAUGAGAAUGCCGUAGCUGGGUGCGGGGCUGCUUCCCAGCUGAGGAGGAGGUGA